UUUCGGGGAGACGGGGCUGAGACCCGGGGGGCGGCGGCAGCCGGCAGCGCGUCCCGGGCUGGGUGCUCCGCGGCCCCAUGGCCCAGCGCAUCCUGGCGCUGGCGGCCGAGGAGGUCCCCGAGCGGCUGCAGGAGGCCCUGCAGAGCCUGGGGGAGGGCGAGCUGGGCGACAUGGUGACAAAGCAGGCCCUGAAGGGGAGGGAGACGGCAGCUUUGCUAAGAGGGAUCUUCAAAGGCUCCCCCUGUUCCCAGCAAAAUGGUGUUCUCAGGAGGCUUCAGGUUUACAAGCACUGCAUCCCACUAGUGGAGUCAGGGGACCUGCAUUUGGGCAAGGUGUCUGAAAUCAUAGGACUUCUGAUGCUGGAGUCUCGCCAGCUGCCAGGCCAUGCAUUGGCUGAGCUUGCCACCCUGUUUGUUGAUGUUAUUAAAGGCGGCAGCCUGUCUAACGGGAAAUCCUUGGAGCUGUUUUCCACUGUUCUCACUGCGUUGGCCAGUUCGAAUGAGAGCCUAGCUUAUGGGAAAGGUGAACUGAAUGGGGAAGACUUUAAGAAACAGCUGAUAAAUACCCUCUGCUCCAGCAAGUGGGAUCCUCGGAGCGUAAUACAUCUUGCCAACAUGUUCAGGGAUAUUCCAUUAUCAGGAGAGGAGCUGCAGUUUGUGGUGGAAAAGAUCCUCAGGAUGUUCUCCAAGUUAGACCUGCAGGAAAUUCCCCCUCUGGUCUAUCAGCUGUUGCUGCUUUCUGCAAAGGGCAGUAAGAAGACUGUUUUAGAAGGAAUCAUCAGUUUUUUCGAUCAGUUGGAUAAGAGACAAAAGGAAGAACAGAGGGUUCCACAAUCGGUGGACCUUGAGGUCACCACAAUGCCCCUAGACCAACUCCGCCAUGUGGAAGGCACCGUUAUUCUCCAUAUUGUCUCUGUUAUGAACCUGGAUCAGGACCUAGGAGAGGAACUAAUCAGACACCUAAAGGCUGAGCAACAGAAGGACCCUGCUAGAGCCCUGUGUCCCUUCAGCGUGGCUCUUUUGCUAUCAGUUGCAGUAAAACACAGACUGCAAGAGCAGAUAUUUAAUUUCUUGAAAACAUCAAUCACAAGAAGCUGCAAGGACCUGCAGUUCCUUCAGGCCUCCAAGUUUCUGCAGGAUUUGUUUCCUCAACAAUAUGAUGUAACCACUGUAAUUCUGGAAGUGGUGAAAAAUAGUGCAUUUGGCUGGGACCAUGUUACUCAGGGCCUGGUGGAUCUUGGCUUCAGCCUAAUGGAAUCAUAUGAACCAAAAAAGCUCUUUGGAGGAAAAGCUGCUGAUACCAGUUAUGGCCUUUCAAAAAUGCCAGCCCAGCAGGCUGGCAGACUGGGAGCAAGUAUCCUGCUGGAAACGUUUAAGGUUCAUGAGCCCAUCAGAAGUGAUAUUCUUGAGCAGGUCUUGAACAGAGUCCUCACAAAAGCAGCAUGUCCUGUCAGCCACUACAUAGACUUGCUGUCCAAUAUCGUUGUGUCUGCUCCUCUUGUGCUUCAGACUUCAUCCUCCAAAGUCACAGAGACCUUUGACAAUUUGUCCUUUCUGCCCAUUGAUACAGUGCAAGGGCUCCUCCGGGCAGUACAGCCUCUGCUCAAAGUCAGCAUGUCAGUGAGGGACUCCCUGAUACUUGUUCUCCAAAAAGCUAUCUUUUCCAGGCAGCUCGAUGCUCGUAAAGCUGCGGUUGCUGGCUUUUUGCUUCUGUUAAGAAAUUUUAAGGUUCUGGGCAGCUUGUCCUCUUCCCAGUGCAGCCAGGCCAUUGGUGCCUCUCAGGUCCAGGCAGAUGUUCAUGCCUGCUAUAAUUCUGCAGCUAAUGAGGCCUUCUGCCUUGAAAUCCUGGGCAGCCUGAGGCGAUGUUUGAGCCAGCAAGCGGAUGUUCGUCUCAUGUUAUAUGAGGGUUUUUAUGACGUCCUUCGGAGGAACUCCCAGCUGGCCAGCUCUAUAAUGGAAACGCUCUUGUCCCAGCUAAAGCAAUAUUACUUGCCCCAGCCAGACCUCCUGCCUCCACUGAAACUUGAGGGAUGUAUUAUGGCUCAAGGAGAUCAAAUCUUUCUGCAAGAACCACUGGCCCAUCUGCUCUGCUGUAUCCAACACUGUCUUGCCUGGUAUAAGAGCACUGUGCGUCUAUGCCAAGGAGCUGAAGAUGACGAGGAGGAGAAGGAGGAUGUGGGAUUUGAGCAAAACUUUGAAGAUAUGCUGGAAUCUGUCACACGACGAAUGAUCAAGAGCGAGUUGGAAGACUUUGAACUGGAUAAAUCGGCAGAUUUUUCUCUGUCUUCUGGUGUCGGUGUGAAGAAUAACAUCUAUGCCAUUCAGGUGAUGGGAAUUUGUGAGGUCCUGAUUGAGUACAAUUUCAGCGUAGGGAAUUUCAGUAAGAACAAGUUUGAGGAUGUCCUAGGCCUGUUUACAUGUUACAACAAACUCUCUGAAAUCCUGAAGGAGAAAGCUGGAAAGAACAAAUCUACCUUGGGCAACAAAACUGCACGGAGCUUCCUGUCCAUGGGUUUUGUAUCUACUCUGCUCACAGCUCUGUUCAGGGACAAUGCCCAAAGCCAUGAGGAGAGCCUGGCAGUUCUGCGCUCCAGCACAGAGUUCCUGCGCUAUGCUGUCAGUGUAGCUCUGCAGAAGGUGCAGCAGCUGGAGGAGACAGGACAAACUGAUGGACCAGAUGGACAAAAUCCUGAGAAGAUGUUUCAGAACCUCUGCAAAAUCACACGGGUUCUGCUUUGGAAGUACACUACAAUUCCUACUGUUUUUGAAGAACCAGGGAAGAAGAAGGGCAAAAGCAUUUCACUUCUAUGCUUGGAAGGUUUGCUGCGGAUCUUCAACACAGUGCAGCAGCUGUACACUGCCAGGAUCCCCCAGUUUCUACAAGCGCUGGAUAUUACUGAUGGUGACGCAGAAGAAACGGAUAUUAAUGUCACAGAGAAAGCUGCCUUCCAGAUCCGACAGUUUCAGAGGUCCCUGGUGAACCAGUUCAGCAGUCCUGAAGAUGACUUCAACUCCAAGGAAGCACAGUCACUCAUCACAGUUCUCUCCACUUUGUCCAAACUCCUGGAUCCGGCUUCUCAGCAGUUCCUUCAAUUCCUGACUUGGACAGCCAAAGUUUGCAAAGAAAAUGCUCUCGAGGAUAUCGCUUGCUGUAAGGGUUUGCUGUCUCUGCUCUUCAGUCUCCAUAUUCUAUACAAGAGUCCUGUCAGUCUGCUGCGUGAACUCGCGCAAGACAUCCAUGCUUGCCUGGGAGACAUAGAUCAGGACAUAGAAGUGGAGAGUCAGUCCCAUUUUGCCAUAGUGAAUGCCAAGACUGCAGCCCCUACUGUCUGUCUGCUGGUUCUGAGUCAGGCGGAUAAGGUCCUUGAAGAGGUGGAUUGGCUUAUCAAGAAACUCACCAGUCUGGGAUCAGACACAUCAGAAGACUCUUCUCAAGCAUCAAACCAAACUCAGGCUCUGGAGAAAGGUGUAAUUCUGCAGCUGGGAACUCUGCUGACAGUUUAUCAUGAGCUGGUACAGACAGCACUCCCUGCAGGGAGCUGUGUGGACACGCUGCUGAGAAGCCUCAGCAAGACAUACGCAAUUCUCACCUCCCUCAUCAAACAUUAUAUCCAAGCUUGUCGCAGUACCUCCAAUACGAUUCCCGGAAGGCUGGAAAAGCUGGUGAAGCUCUCGGGUUCCCAUUUGACCCCACAGUGUUACUCAUUCAUUACUUAUGUACAGAACAUCCACAGUGAGAGCUUAAGCUUUGCAGAAGAGAAGAAAAGGAAGAAAGAGGAUGAAGCUGCUGCAAUCUCCACAGUCAUGGCUAAGGUGCUUCGGGACACCAAGCCAAUCCCAAACCUGAUUUUUGCAAUAGAGCAGUAUGAGAAGUUCCUUAUCCAUCUCUCCAAGAAAUCAAAGGUGAACUUGAUGCAAUACAUGAAGCUAAGCACCUCCCGGGACUUCCGCAUCAACGCAUCCAUGCUAGACAGCGCGUUACGAGAGCAUAACACAAGGGAUGCUGAAAACGAGCCAGACAACGACCAGAGCAGCACAGCGGAGCAGACAGAUGAGAACCAGGAACCCAAAAAGAAGAGACAGCGAAAAAAGUAAAGCUGGGGUUGCUGCUGCCGCCUCCUCCCACAGCGCCUGUGGCAGACUCGCCUUGGUCUUGGGACAACUGCGUGUACAGAGCUGAUGGCUGGUUGUUUCUCUUGCCAAGUACUCGUAUGGCUUCCUCCUUUGUGCCCACGGGUGUGCAAGCAGCGCUUCUGGCCCCGUCUUGGAUUUUACAGCUGGCUGCUGCCCUCGGAAGCACCUCUGCUCUUCGAAGGUGCUGCUAUCAAAAUCUUCCCCACCAACAUCCCUUCUUACAGCAAAAAGGAAACGGAGUGACCGGGAUCAGCCCUUGCCAAAAUAUCACCUUCUGAAAGGACAGCCAGGCCCUGGCACGCAAUCUGGACAAUUGUCAUUCUGGCACUCUAGCGUCAUUAUUUCUUCUCCAGUGAACCUUUGGUUAUUUCAAUUAGCUGGUAUAUAUCCAGAGCUUCUCCUGGAAGACAAUGGGACAAUCAGUUCCCUGCAUUCUGCAGUACAAAGACUGCGUAACAUAAGAGAGUGACGGUCAUGAUUUGCUUUAGUUCAGAGCGCAUAGCACAAAAAGCCCUAAAUUUAUUCAAAGUUCUGCUUUGUGCGGUGGUGUGAACACAACAGCCAGCACCAGUAGGAAGCUGGAAACAGGAGCUGUUCUGCCUUGGAGUCGAAGCUGCCUGCUGGGGGCAGCUCCUGAGAAGCAGAGAGGCAACAGCUUCCUGGGGCGAGGCUGGUUUUGCUGUUGUGUUUUUGCUGACCUUGAUGCAAUGCACUUGUUUAAUUUGCCUUGUUCUUGGUGAAAACAGAAGUGCCUUUUUUGCCCGCAGAACAAAAGUCCUGUUUCUAAAAGCACCCUUUGUCUGUAACCUUCUAAUAAAAGUUCCCUAAGGGUGGGCAAUAUAUACAAA